AGCCUCUGAAUAGUUAUCACUUGUCACAUCUGAGCAUCUCAUUCUUUCUUGUUGCAAGCCGUAAUCCUACUGUUAAUAAAACAUGACAGGGCAGCUGUAAGAUCAAAAUAUUUCCUCUUAAUACAUCAUUAUAAAUAAAUAACAGGGAAAAGUAAUCUAACAUCAAGUUCAAAACCUGUCACGUUUACUCAGCUUGUCAACUUCAGCUGUAAUUUCUGUCUCAGCUUGUAAAACAGGGAAGGUUUGGCUGGCUCUGUGCAAGACAGCUUUAAAGGAAGAAUGUAUGUGUAAGAAAAGAGAGCAGGAAACAAAUGUUAGAGGGAGGUGAAAAUUAUUAUUUUCCUGGAGAUUUUGACAGCAUUUAGUGUUUCCUUGGGUGUUUCUGCCCUUUUUCCAGGUUAGGAUUUGGGUGAGUGAAGAUCACUGAAGUCAGUCACAUGGGCUCAUCUGGCCAACAGCCAGUCUGAAUAUUUUGAAUUCGGUGUUUUUAAACAAAAAUAAGCGAUUAAUCAAAAUUACUGGGUUCUUGAGGUGCACUGGCCAGCACUUGCUUGUUGUCUCUUUUCUUCCAACAGGUCACAGCCGAGUCCUGCAGGCAGCAGCUUUUCCAAGUAUGGCUCAUUUGGAAGGGUCCCUGCCCAGGGGUCACAGGUAUUGCAGUGUGAGGCCAGCUUUGGACAAGUUUUCCUGUUCCACUGUCAUAUCCACAGUUAAUCCCUGCUGCAGGAGCUCUUUUGUUGUGUACCCUGCCUGGAUCGCUGAGCACCUCACCCCCCAGAGGUGCCAAUGGAUCAGCCACUGCCUCCCUUCCCCUGGCCCAGCAUGGAAGAGCCUGGGGGAGUCAGGGGGCACAGACAGCAACGUGCCUGUGCUGGCUAGAGGGGAACAAGAUGGAUUUUAUUACCCUGGUACAGUAAAAGAGGGGAUAGAGAGUGAAAGAGGCAUGUUCCUGGUAGAGUUCGCUAAACCACUUGUGUCACAUGGAAGGCAUCCAGUGUGUGUGCAAAAAACCGCACAGGGUGACAUCCUGGAAUAUGUGAAUGGGAUGAAACACUCCUUGCUCCCUGGAGACAGAGUGCUGGCACCCUGGGAGCCAGAUGGGGCCAGGUAUGGCCCAGGAACUGUUCUCAGAGGCAUUGAGACAAGGGAUCCCUUACGAGCCUCAGAAGAUGAAGAAAUUACAGUCCAGUUCUGGAAUGACAAGCAAGUGAAACUCCCCCGUGGUGUGGCUCUGUGGAUCCCUCCUAGCCUGUGGGAGAGGAUUGUGGAGAUGAUCCACAUCAGCAGGGUGAAGCCCAGACCAAGCCAGGACUCUAACUCUUGUAUUUUUCCCUGCUGUCCCAAGGCAUCCCUGAUUCCUGUUUGUGCUCUGUGUAGCCUUGCCAAGCACUGCUUGCUCUGCUCUCCCUGCUGGCCACAUUUCCAGCACCACUGUGCUGGUGGCAUCUGCUGUUCAUCAGCCUGGGUAAGGUGCAUCUGCUGCUGCCAGCCCUGUGCUGCUGCCUGGUGGCCUCUUCCCUCCAGGUCUCUGGUCUUUCAGGACAGAGCUGAAGAGGCAGAGUCCAGCAGUGAGCUCUCUCCAGGCCUUCUAGAACUGAAAGGCACAAAACAAGGAGAAGCUGCAGCUGUGGCAACAUCUGCUUCCUCUUCUGAUUCAGAGAGGGACCUGAAGCCACCCCCCACUAAGGGUACUGGGGGGGACAGUGCUGUUAACACAGGCUCCAGCUGUCUUGAAAAGCCCAGGUUGAGGAAUUCUGCAAGACCUGAAGGGGAAUAUUGGAAAAGAAGCCACCACAAGUCCCAUUCCAGUAAUUCAGGACCUGGAAGUUGUACAAAGGGCCAGCUGGAAUCCCAAGCCAUCUUCACUGGGGACAUGUCCAGUGUGGCCCCAGCUCAGCAGAGUGCAAUGUUUGAAACCACUGAUCAGACUCCCAGAGGGCAACUCACACUGAAAACAAUCCUAAGAAACCAAGAUUUCAAGCCAUCAUUGAGGGAAGGCUUUGCAGCAUCAGAACAAAGAUACAAUGCAGCAUCUGAUGAUAAAUGUGAAGCCACUUGUGUUGGAGAUGACAAACCUGAUGUUACAGACCCUGUCAGAGCUCACUUGCAGCAAAGCAGAGAGAGACAUGAUCAACCAGAAUUCAGUACAUGUAGAACUGAUCAAGUUCAGGGGCUGAAAUUUCAGGAACAGGAGUCUUCAGAGAGCCUGUGGGAGGACCAAGUGCAAGAAUGCCACAAUCUUGUUUCCAACUAAUUGUGCAAGUCUCUGUAUGGCCAUUUGACUGCCUACACAUACAUUAUGCUUGUGAAUCUGCUGUGCCAUCAAGGUCUCCAGAUCUGUCACAAUUUGUAACCAGCUGGAUUCAAAAUGAUAGAAGAAAUGCUAGCAAAUACCUCCACUUAAAACCAAAGUAUUCUAUACACUUACUCUUUGCUGGCAAGUUUGAGCUUGGCUGGGUUCUACAGAACCUUCAGUCUCCUGGAAAGAAAAAUAAAAUUAUUUUCUAAUGAUCCAGCACACAGUGCAAACCCAGGCCAAGAGAGGGGAAGCUUUAGGUGCACAAAAGGAUGGAUAGUACACUGAUUGGUGCCACAAGAAGUGACUGUGCCAUCCCCCAACCCAACACAGGCUUGGAUCAGUCCAGGUGUUUUUAUGUCACCUUUCAUCAAAACCAGAAGUACCUACUUACCUCUUCUUCUGUGGGAUCCAUCUUUCUUUCUACUGACUUGCCAUGAUACUUGCAGAAGUGUCUGAUUUCAUUCUCUUUGCACUUGUUGGUUGCCAUAGACCUAUAGCACUUCUGGACAGCAACAGAAACAGAAAAUAUCAUGUGGGAGGUGUCAAACCAUACUUGCAGCCACUGCAGAUUUACAAUUGAAAGUAGAACUACACAAAUACUGAUGCUGUGUACUAAUUGGCUGGUUUGUUCUCUGUGGGGGUGAAAACAAUGCCUGUACUUCCAAAGGCCACCUGCCUUCUGCUACAGGACUCUCUCAGGCAGGCCUGAUUUUGUGUUCCUAACACAAUAUGUUAUUGGAAUUAAAUACCAACAAUAUGUAGAGCGGGGACUCUGACACCUCCGAACUGAAUUAAUGAAAAUGUCAGAAGGAAUAAAUACUCUGGAAAUGCCUGCCUGAUCAAGAAAAGCCCUGGUGGAAGAAGACAUAGUUUAUGGGUCCUUAGGAGGAGGACAUGUAUGCAAGCCAGGUGCUCUGCAAGCCAGUCAGUGAAGGUGGGUUCUGCAGGCCAUGUGCAGCAGCAGUGCUCUAAAAGCAGAAUAUGUUAAUACUGAAAAAUGAGUCAGUAAAGAAUCUGAAAUGUCUUCAAGGCUGGUAUCCUUUCCACAGCAGCUUUGAGAAGUGCAUUUAAGCACACAGCAGCCGCCUUCUGGUUGCACUGCAGAUGUGCUGGCAUCUUCCCCACUGCAAAUUAAACUCUUGAGUACAGUUCUGCUGCCAUCUGUUGUCACCACAGAACUCCUACCAAUGUUACCUUUUUGAUCACAGGGACCAAAAAGAUCCAAAAUAGCUCUUAUUUCACUGGUGUUUCUCUUGUCCCUGACUGUCAAGACUAAAUGUAACAAAAUUAAGGCAAAUAGAAAUUGUUACUUCCAAAUCUACUGCUGUCCUUUAUUCCUUAGCUUGUGCACAAAUCAACAGAUCUGGUUGCUUGUAUUGCAGUUUUUGUGAAGCUGCAAAAUAUAUCAGAUGCUCUGACCUGGUGCAUAAUGCUUCACAGAGCAUCUCUUUUACAUGAUGGCACAGAGCAGAGAAAUGAAAUCCAACUUUUGGUGAGAAAUGGAUAAAUUUCGAUCCCUUAGCAACCCCAAACAUCUCAUCUUAAACUACAAGUUUAAUUGUUUGCAUUCAAGUGCCUAAAUGGUUGUAUUCAGCUGUGGAUUUUUAUUUGCACUUUGUAAAAUUUACCCAUGAACUUAUGGGUCUGACAUUUCCCCCCUUUUUUAUGACUCUUCUUCUCUAGAGAAACGACUGAAGCAGUACUGUCUUGGCUGAUGCAUGAAUGUGGAAGUCAUCCAUUGCUUGUUCCAAUUGUAAUACUCUUAACAGGGCACAAGAUAGACCAAAAGAAUAAUUUAGGUUGGAAGACACCCUUAGGAUCAUAGAGUCCAACUGUAAACCUAGCACUGCCAAGUCACUGGUAAGGAUGGGCCUCACUACACUUUGUUUUGUCUUGUGUAAAACUCUAUUCUGCCCCAGUUGUUCUAGGAUUAACUGCUUACUUCGUGUACUGCUUUGAAAUUAUAAAGGAGUUGCUUAUGAGCUAAUCACUUGGUGUGCUGGAGUACUGUUUUCUCUAAUUUAAUUGCAGACUUGGGCUCUGUAUCAGCCCUGCAGGCAGUGAGCUCCCUGCUGAGUUAGGAACAGAUCCCUAAGGGCACCAACUGAAUGGAAUUCUCAGUUCAGUGCAGUAGCUGGGCUGCAGGGCUGUGCUCACAGGGAGGGGCUGGUAGAGGCUGGCUCCAGUCUGCCCAUGUCACCCAGCAGAGCAGUGACACCUACCAGCCAGAGCACAGUGGAGCUGUGCACCUGCACACCAAACCUCUCCAUUUCUGCUCAGCACACACAGAGAGCUGAGCCCACGCUCCUUACCCAGGAGCUACAUCCCAAAUCCAGUCUGGCCUGGUUUUGUCUGGGAUGGUGCAAGUUUUCCUCCUAGCAGUUGGCAGAGUGCUGUGUUUUGGAGUUAGCAGAGUACGGUGUCGAUAACAAAGAGGUGUUUGGGUUAUUGCUGAGUAGUGCUCACCCUAAGCCAAGGACUGUUCUCACACUCUGCCAGUGGGGAGCUGCACAAAAAGCUGGGAGGGAGCAGGGCUGUGACAAGCUAGCCAAAAGGAAAUUCUAUACCAUAGAAUGUCAUGUAUGUAAACAGGGAGAGUUGUCUGAGGGGCUGACUGCUGCCUGGCACUGGUCAGUGAGCGGUGAUCAACUGUAUUGUGCAUUACUUGUUCAUCUUGUGUUUUAUUUCUCUCUCCCCUUUUCAUCACAAUUAUUACUGUUAUUACCAUUGGUGUUAUUGUAUUUUACUUUGUUUCAAUUAAUAAACUGUUCUUAUCUCAA